CCCGGAUGUUGCGUGGCGCUGCCGGACGCAGAAGGACCUGUGAGUAAACACGACAGGCUGCCGAGGCGUUUGGCGCUGACAGCGACUCUUUUCCGCUGGGCUGUUGAAUGUCCUCCUGCUGCUUCUCAUAACCUUCGUCGCGGCUCCAGAGUCCAGCGCCUGUUCCGAAGCGAAGCGCUGAAGCCGGAGGAGCUGCGGAACCUUCUAGCAGCGGCGCGGAGAACCCUACCAGCAGUCAUGGUCCAGAUUCACGUUAAACGAGGAGAGGAGAGCCAGUUUCUCUUCAACACCAGCGUGGACGUGUCCAUCGAGACGCUCGUCCAGCAGGUCGCUCAGAUCUACAACGGCAGGCUGAAGGUGGACCGGGUCUGCUCGGAAAUCCCAGAACUCGCAGAUCACGGCAUCACACUUCCCCCCAACAUGCAGGGCCUGACAGAGGAUCAGGUCACAGAGCUAAAACUGACGGAUGAAUGGGAGGAGAAGUGCGUCCCUAGUGGAGGCGGCGAGUUUAAGAAGGACGAAAUUGGUCGUAGGAGUGGACACGCUCCCAGUGAUAAAAUGAAGAAUGUUUUGAAGAAAACUGUGGAAGAAGCCAAAGCCUUAAUAUCUAAAAAACAAGUUCAGGCGAAUGUGUGUGUGACCAUGGACAUGGUGAACGAGGCUCUGGACCAGCUGCGAGGGGCCGUUAUGAUAGUGUACCCAAUGGGGCUUCCACCCCACGAUCCCAUCAGGAUGGAGUUUGAAAAUAAGGAGGACCUUUCUGGAACACAGGCCUCUCUGCAGGUGAUCCCAGAGGAAGAAGCUCAGCUAUGGUGGGCAUCCAAAGAGAUGCAACGUGGCAAAAAGCUCCAAGAUUAUGUUGGAAAAAAUGAGAAAACAAAGAUUGUGGUGAAGAUCCAGAAAAGGGGUCAGGGGGCACCAGGAAGGGAGCCUUUGCUUAGCGAGGAGCAGCAUAAACAGAUGAUGUUGCACUAUUACAGGAGGCAGGAGGAACUCAAGAAACUGGACGAAGCAGAUGACGAUUCCCAUUUGCAGUCCGAAUGGUCAGACAGGCAUGCUCUAAAGAGGCAAUUUCAGGGACUUACCAAUAUCAAAUGGGGUCCAAGAUAACUGGACAGAAGUAACUUUGUCUCAAAAAUGUGGGUAUUUUUUCUCCAGUGAAGAUUUUGAUGCCUUAUUCACCCACAAACAAGAUUUCCUCACAUGCUGUGAAAAUCUACCUUUUUAAAAAUGAUUUUCAGAAGAUAAAUACAUGUAAAUACAGCUCGGGUUGACCGUUUGGUGUCACUGAAAUAUGAAAUAUGGCCUUGAAUAAGUAUUCAUUAAAAUAGCUCUCUUCCAAAAAGUGCUGAAAGAAGGAUGCAACACAUUUCCUGUCUUUGUCUGUGAUCCUGGCACUCGCUCCAUCGAAAUCCGAGGCUGUUUACAAGCUCCAGGACUGUGAACUUCAUCCAGGAGAGCGAUUGUUGAACAUUUCAGUUCCUCAAGGCCAAACGAGCAGCAACGGGACAGAGAGGUGUGGUUCUGCGAGUCGAUCAGAGAGACAGCCAGGCACAUGAUAUGCUUCUGAGAAAUAAGGGCUCCUUGGUUUAAAAGUGGGAAAUAAAGGGUCUUUGAUUUAAAA